UCGGGCUUUUUCUCGCCGCGUUCACGCCACACGGGUCCGCAGGAUGUAACAACACGCACAACGCAACAUUUGGCGGGAAAUGCGUGAUUCACAUGGGCGGCCUGUUCGCUUUCCCGGGCAGCCCUGCCAUAGGAAUGCAACAAGAGGUGGCGCAGGUAACACUAGAUCACGUCAACAGCUUGGAUGGGAUUCUAGAUGGCUACCAUCUCAGCAUGAGGUGGAAUUGGACUGGGAGAGCUGAUCCGGAGGAAGGGUUGCGAAUACUCUACAAUCUAGCCUACUCCGGAGCAGCGGUACCAAUCAUAUGGGGACCACUCCUACCUCAGGAGGCAAUCAUAGUCAACAAGGUAGCGGCAAGAUUCAACAUCGUUCAGAUGUGUGUAGCAUCAAGCCCAGCGCUAGCAGAUCGCACCGCGCACCCGUACACCGUAAUAGCCGACACGAGUGACAGGUCCCGAUUACUGGCUGUGGCAGCAUUUAUAAGGGAGAUGGGAUGGAGGCGUAUCGCAUUCAUCUUCGAGGAGAAUGCCGCUUUUCAAAACCAUAUGAAGGACUUCCGUGAGAUUUUAGAGGCUGAUGAGGUCGAAAUAGUGGCAUCUGAAGGAAUCAAAAACAUCAAUUUGUUGCAAGUGCAUCUUCAAAACCUCAAGCGCCAAGAUGUCAGAAUCAUAUAUACCGGAUUUUCAAGCAUUCUGGCGACUCAGAACUUUUUCUGUCAGGCUUACUUGGCCGGAUUGACCGGUGCCAAGUACGUCUUGAUACCGCCGGACUGGGCCAACUUUGAAUGGUGGCUGGUCGGCACACCGUCAGAUAUCGAGCCUUGUACGGAAGAGGAGAUCAUCUCUGCUGUUGAUUUAUCCCUACAUUUCAACGUCAAACAUCGCUCCCAGGGUCUACCAGAGCUGGACUUCAACGGAGUGAAACCUUUGCCAGAGCAUUACGACUACUACAACAGCAUUUUCCCGUUCAGUCAUAACAUGGUCCCGGUAACGCACGACGGCAUCGUGUCCGUGGCACUGGCCUUGAAUUCCUCCAUAGCGGACCUGCAUCGUCUGCAACCUCCUCGAAGACUUGAAGAUUUCAGCUAUUCCGACACCGAGAUGGCGAGGGUGAUUUUGAACCACGCCGAUAACAUGGAGUUCUCUGGACUGUCGGUAAGUUAUAUCUGUGCUUGUAGGGCUUCUAUGCUAUGCAUGUAUUGA